AUGCAUAUCCUGAUUUUGGCUCUUGCGGCGGGCGCAAUCGGUACUGAUGCGCGAAGUGAUAUCGAGCACAUCUGGCAGACCGUCUGGCGACUCGGGUUCUACCGUGGCGGACCUGUGUUCAUGUCCGCGCUGGCGGGAAUUGACAUCGCCUUGUGGGAUCUGAAGGGACGGAACCUGGGCGUGCCAGUGUAUCAGCUGUUGGGCGGCAAGGUGCGUCAGAAGGUCCAGGUGUACGCCUGGAUUGGCGGGGACCGUCCGGCCGAUGUCGAAGUCGCAGCGAAGGCGCGUAUCGAACAAGGCCUCAAGUGCAUCAAGAUGAACGCCACAGAGGACGUGAACUGGCUGGACUCGCCGGCCGUGCUAGACUCAUGCGUCGAGCGACUGAAGCAAGUCAAAGCUCUCGGGCUAGACGCAGGACUCGAUUUCCACGGGCGACUGCACAAGCCCAUGGCUAAGCAGCUCGCGAAGGCGCUGGAGCCGUACCGUCCUUUAUUCAUCGAGGAACCGCUGUUGUGUGAGCACCCAGAGGCACUCAAACAGCUGUCGGGCCUGACCACCAUCCCCAUUGCUUUUGGAGAGCGGCUGUACACCCGGUGGGAUGCCAAGCGCUUCCUAGAAGAGAGCUCCGUGGAUAUACUACAACCGGACAUUGCGCACGCCGGAGGCAUCUCCGAGACGAAGCGCAUUGCAACGAUGGCGGAGUCGUACGAUGUGGCAAUCGCGCCGCAUUGUCCGCUUGGGCCCAUUGCGUUGGCUGCGUCUAUCCAGGUUGCACUGUCGACGCCGAACUUUGUCAUCCAGGAGAUGUCUCUGGGAAUGCACUACAAUGUGGAGGCGGGCGAUAUUGAUCUGAACAGUUACUUGGUGGACAAGUCGGUGUUUGAGAUCUCAGAAGGAUACGUGCAGGCGCCGUCUGGGCCAGGACUAGGAAUUGAAAUUGACGAGGCGUUGGUGCGCAAGAUUAGCCUGGAGACAGAGCCAUGGCCCCCCAAGGAGUUUUAUGGGCCUGAUGGGAGCAUUCGCGAGUGGUGA